AUGCCUGGAGAGCUGAUCGUGCAAAGUGAAAGUAGACACCGACGCAGGAAGCCUGGGAAGAGAUCCAAAACGGGAUGUCGAACCUGCCGGGUACGGCGCGUAAAAUGCGACGAGGCACCGGGGUCUUGUAAGAAUUGUACUUCUACGGGCCGAGUGUGCGACGGAUACGAUAUGCACCGAUUUCCCAUCAAGCGAGCAUUAUGUCUUCCAACCCUAGGACCAAGGUCUGAAGGUAUCAUGACAUCAGAUGAGAAGCGGGGAUUUUCUUACUUUCAACACCGCCUGGUUCCUGACCUUGUUGGAUUUUUCGACUCCUGGCUCUGGCAGAAGCUGGUCUUGCAGAUGUGCCAUGCAGAUCCAGCGGUAUGCCAUGCUGUCAACAUGGUAAGCGCCAUCCAUCAAGAUGCCGAGGAAAGAGGCAUGCGACUGGCAGGAGAGGAUUUGCAGAAUCCAAAACAUCGGUUCGCACUUGAGCAGGCCGCCCGAUCUUUUUCACAUUUGCAGAAACGCAGGGCCUCUCCCGACCCACAGUUGCGCGAGGUCGUGCUGGUGUGCUGCUUGCUUUUUGUUAUGGCAGAGCUAUUGUUGGGAGAAUUUGCCAGAGCCUUUAUACACCUACGUAGUGGCACGCAAAUCCUAGAGGAGUCGCUGCGCCUUGGGAUACCCGUGAUUCCUUGUCUGUCUGAGACUCUCCGCAUCUUGAAGUCCCAGUCGUCGCAUGUCGGAGACUUCGAGUCAGACCCUAGCAUUCAAAGCGAAAAGGACAAUGAUUUUGUUAUCGAAUCGUUGGAGGACUUUGAUAAUCUGAAAGAGGCGCGUCGAGGCUAUCAGAGAAUUAUGUAUAGCGUGAUUCCAUUCAUUGCUACGGCUUGGAGGCUUUCAGAAACAGAAAUAUUGGCGAAUUACGAAACCCUAUGGAGGAAGCGACAGAAGCUUCUAUUCUUGCUGGAAUCCCUUGCAGAGCGGUUCGAGUCGUUUUACCAACAAAAGUAUUUCAGUCUUAGCACGAAAGAGCAAACCGGAGCGGAUAUCGUGCGGCUUCAAUUGGUUGCGAAGACGAUCGUACUGAAAACGUGUCUGCUUGACGAGUAUGAUGACAGACUGCUCACACUUGAAUACGGUAACCUGUUAUCGGAAUACGAAGAAUUUAUGGACAAAUUCCCCUGCCGUCCUACUAUUACACUCGACUACGGACUGAGCUUUGGGCUAUUCGCGGUGGCCUCGAAGUGCCCAGACAUGGGCAUCCGGCUUCGAGCUGUUGAUGCCUUGCGCAGGUGGCCGCAUUACGAGGGCAUGAUUAAUUCCAACGCCGGAGCGGGAAUAGCGGUGGAGGCGAUCAAGUUGGAUCAACACAAGAUGCAGCAGGAAGAUGCGGUGCGAGUAUCUUCAAUGGAUCAGGAACCUGAUGUAAGCUUUUGGGAAAUGAUCAGAAGCACGCAGAAUGGGACGCAGUGGCCGGCUGUACGCGAUGUCGAGCUGCGGACGAAGGAGACUAGACGGUUGUGA